UGGUAAAGAAAAUGGCGAUGCCUUUGCGUAUCUAUUUUUCAGUCGCUUUACACAACACUUUAGCAACACAAAUUUUAACACUAAAAUACUGUACGAGCGGUUCUUUUAAUUAAAUUGUGAGUAGGAACUAAGAAUGCGCGGCGAACUAACCCCGGAGACGUGCCGGGUCUGCCUGGAGCCCAGUGCGCGUCUGCAGCGCCUGGACGAAUCCCGUGAAGAGGGCGAGGAGACACCAAACGAGAUGUUAAUUCAACUUUUGGGUGUCUCUUACAGCAAGUUAAAUGAUAAGGAACAGAUCCCUGAUGGCAUCUGUAAGUCGUGCAAAGUGGAACUCAACAUGGCCUAUCAAUUCCGUGAGAAGGCGCUUCGCAAGCAGGGCGAGAUCGAGGAAUACCUUAGGGAACUGGGCUUGCUUGAUGAUGCCGAUGAGUUGCUAAUCAAGGAGGAGGACGGCUCGCAGACAAUUUGCGAUGAAGAAAUGUAUAUUCUGGAGGAGACAACUACGGGGGAAGAGGAACACCAUGACGGCAAGGAGCAAGAUGAAUUUGUAGAGUUGGACGCCAGCGAGAAUCCGGAGUGCAUUAGCGACACCAUUGAGUACCUAGAGGACAACUACACUAUCGACAUGACUCCCGAGCAGUCCGAGGUCGUCCUAGAGACUGAGACGCAAUUUGACGAUACGCCCACGCAGCAAUUGGCGCUCCAGGAAGCUGCAAAGGCCAGCCUAAAGGCGCGGCGCGGUCGUCUUCGUCGCGGACUCAACUCUUUGACCACAUCUGACGGCACCGAAAAAGGCGGCUACAUCUGCGACGUCUGCGGCAACUUCUACGAGAAGCGCGGUCGGAUGAUGGAGCACCGAAGGCGCCACGACGCCAUCUGUCAGUAUGCAUGCGAACUCUGCGAUGCUAAGUUCCAGGUGCGCGAACAGCUGAGGAAACAUAUGUACUCCCACACUGGCAGCAAACCCUAUAAAUGCAGCUUCUGCAGUCGACAGUUCUUCUACGAGAGUGUCCUUAAGUCCCAUGAAAAUGUUCACCGUGGCAUUAAGCCCUACGUGUGCAAGGUGUGCGACAAAGCCUUCGCUUAUGCUCAUUCGCUGACCAAGCACGAGCUCAUCCACACCGACAUCAAGCUGUACCGCUGCGAAUAUUGCCAUAAAGACUUCCGACUGCUGCAUCACAUGCGCCAGCACGAGGAGACCAAGCUGCACCAGAACGCCGUAAUGUUGGCCGAGAGUAUGAAGGUGGAGAUGGUGGGCGAGGAGGAAGACGGGCACGAGGUCAGGAUUGAAGCCCACUGAUGUAUUAAAUUCCAUCAGAUCCUGCUUUACCUAUUUUUUGGGUUCUAAUUUACAAAUAUACUUAAUCCCUUGUGUAGUAAUGUUAGCUUAUAUUGAAUGCACAUAUAUAUAUAUAUAUAUAAGAACUUUUUAGGAACUCGUUUCGAUAAAUAAAGGUUAUUUUUGUUAAAAAGAUA